AUGCUGCGCAAUUUCGCCCACACUAAAACGCUACUCGACACACUUCGCGGCAUUCCCCCCUCUUCAAAAGUGGCUUGUCCCAUCAUCAUUACACCCAAAGGGAUCGCCUCCAAAACACGAAGCCCAAAGCCCGUACGUACCAUUGGUACUGAGUACAGAGUUCUACUCGACAAACGCACCACCAUGUUUGGCUCGCCCUGGGUUGCCAGUCCACGCGCCUUCCGGCGCGAAGCCCACCCACCAGCUCCGACACAGCUUGGACAGCUCCUCGAAAACUUACGGCAGCAACUAGCAGCAAUCCAGCAGCAACUCGUGCAACCCCAGCCGGCCCGCAGCCGCGGACUGAGUCCAGCUGUCGAGCUUACAAGUCUGGACUUAUCGAGCCCAAUCCGGUAUACGGCUCCCAUUCCGCAGGGAAAUAGAGACAUUUGCUAUCCGGUGACACCCAAGGACGUCAAGGGAGCGGCAAGCUGCCGAAUUGACAGCACUCCGUUGCUCAGGGAGAUGCGACAUUGGACCGACGACCGGAAGUAA